ACCAUCACCGUGUUCGACAACCACUCCGGGAAUUGGAUCUCCUUUAUGUGGCCUGCCAUCAAGAGCUUUUCUACUUUCAGUUCGAUCACUUUAUCCAUUUCUACCCCGUGAUGCCUCCUCUUUUGCUUCACCGGCCUCACAGUGAGGUCGAUAUUCAACUGGUGCUCGAUAACUUCAGCCUUGAUACCAGUCAACUCCUCCGUCGAGUAUGCAAACACAUCCACGAAUUCCCUUAUCAUACUAAUCAACCUCGAUCUCACUGGCUCCCCCAAUUUUUUCCCGAUUCGAAACUUUUUCUCUUUACACCCCUUGAUCAUCUAGAUUUCCUCCACUUCGCCUCCUGGCUGAAUCUCCUACGACCACAAAUCUUACCAUUCGAACUUUCUGGGUCACUCCUUUUCCCAGGGCUACAAAUAGACUCAUCUCCCCAUCGGCAUAACCUCUCCCCCAUUAAAACCAUACAAGGCUGUAGCCACCGGCUUCAACUCCACAUUCAACUCCCGAUUUAUUUGCACGAAGCAAUCAUAAAACAUGACAUCGACCGAGCUUCCCGUGUCUAUAAAUACACUUUUUACAUCGAAACCUGCAACUUCUGCCGUAAUCACCAAGGCAUCAUUAUGAGGUAUCACCACCCCUGCUGCAUUCUCUGCCCGAAAACUAAUUUCUGGUACUCGGGCCGUGAUACCCACCUCCUCUCUUUUCCUCUUCAUCGAUCGAACAUGACCCUUCCUAGCAUUAUUCGAGUCUCCGUCUGUCGGUCCUCCCGAAAUCAUAUAUAUCGUGCCUCUCUUCACCUGGUCUCCCUCUCCUUGUCUCUCUCGUUCUCUGCUUCCUCGCCUCCUCUUCCCCUCAUCUCUCUUUCGACCAUCUCGACCACCUCGCGGAUCCUCCUCAUCAUCUUCAUCACUUCUCUCCACCGACUCUUCCCGACACCUCCUAUUCUCCUUCCCCCUCAUCUUAUCCUAAUAAACGAACUCCUUGAGAUGCCCUGCUCGGAUAAGGCGCUCUAUUUUGUCUUUGAGAUGUCGACAAUCCUCAAUAGUAUGGCCAUAAUCCUUGUGGAAGCGACAAUAUCUCCUCGAUUUCGGUUGUGUUGGCCCUUCAAACCUCGACCUCGGCCAU